UCCCGUGAAGCAUGUUCAAUUCCAUUGACAUUUCCAUAAUCAUUUUGUCGUAGAAAUAUUUACGUUUUUUAGAGAUAGUUUUUAAGGAUGACCGGCGACGAGGGCAGGAGUACAGAUAUCUCAGUCUCGAUGUCCUCAGACACAUCUGCAGAAAUUAAGAAGCUAAAAAAAAAUGACCAAAAGUCGAAUCAAUCCCCGAAAAAUCCUAAAUCAUCGAAAAAUGUUUGCAAGGAUUGGGAGCCGAGUGAGUGCCUUUGCCACGCUUAUAGAAUAACCUCAUGCGUUCCCCCAAUGAACUUGGACGAGGGUUCCGGUGAAAUAAAUCCCUCAAGCCCCCGGAAAUUCUCCUGGAAAUGGCCUCGUCCAGCCCCGAGGUCAGAGAAGCCCUACACAAAGUUUGAGACCACGAGGGGAAUAGAUCCGAAUCCCUCCAGGGUUUUACCCCCAAAUAUCACUCGAGACUUUCAGGAGAUUCAUAAAAAAUUCAAGAAUAUCACUGGAAAAAUUGAAAUCUACUAUUUUGAUCACGGUAAUGCAUCGUACUAUCGUACAACCGAUGCAAUUCCGCUGCUGACGAUGGAAAAAUUCGCUGACAAGACAGACCAAGCGGCCACUCGAUUCUGGGCUGAAUUUUUCGGAACAAUAAACAUAGGAAUAACAUUCAUAACAGCAUUCCUCCUUCAACUGCUUCGAUUUACUCUGUACAGCUUGAUAAGGCCCCUAACGAUUGGAAUAAUUCAAUUACUAUCCGACUACUUGAUCAAGCCCCUCCUAACGAUAAUAUUCAAUGCCCUGAUUCAGCCAGUUCUCAUUCUACUGUACAAUAUUGCAACGUCCUUGCGAGAUCUCUGCGAACCAAUAGCUGAGGCAAUAGGUUUUUUUAUCCGUGAAUUGUCACGACUUUUUCAAGCAAUAAGACUCGUAGAGGUCAAUAGAAACGUAAUCAACGGAAAUAUUCCCACGUGAUCGAUGAUUAAUAACAACAACCGAAGAACAUUUCAACGCCAGGUAUAUAUUCAUUACUAUUCAAUUUAUGUUUACAAUAUUGUUAUUGUUUUUAAUUUUUUUUUUUUCAUUUACCUUUUCUCAUUUGAAUUUUUACAGAACAAUUAUUA